UCUCACAAGGAAAAAAAAUUAAAAAAUCUCACUAUAUAUGUACAUUUCCAGAUUCUAGAAUCAUUAGUUGAUUGGAUAGGAUUGGAUUUUGUUGACAAAGGAGAUCAAUAUAUGUAUGUAAUUGAAUUUGUAGCUGUCGCAUGAAUUUCUCACUCGAAAAUGGCCUCUGUAGCUCCACUUUCUUCAGGUCAUUUACCGGUUCGCUACCCUCAAUUUCAGCUUAUUUUAACGGGGAUUGAACCGUCACAGUCAAAAUGUGAGUUUUCUGGAAAAUCUUUGCUGAUGCAAAGGAGUGAGGAUUUCCUGCGCUCGAUUCCAGUGAAGAAAGGUGCAAUUAAGUGUUUUUCAGAAUCCAAGGAGAGGGAGAGUGUGAUGGAAGUAUUAAAUAAGGAUGGAGGUGAUGUAGUCCGUGAUGACGUUUCUGAUGGGGAGGUGGCUAGUCAGGUGUUCUCUAACAGAUCUGUUGGUUUGGUGAGGAGUCCGAUCUCGGAUUCUGUCCCUGGGGAUUCGUUGAAUCUUGGAAUUCGUAAACCUGUCUAUGAGGUUGUGGAAGUAAGGUCAGAUGGGAAUGUAUCUACCAGAAAAAAUAAUGAGACGACACUUCUUGAAGUCCAGCGGUGAGUAAUCAGUUUGUGAUGCACUGAGCUCAGUUCACUUUUUUGGAGUUGGAAAAUAUCAUUAAAGUUUAGAUCUGUAGUGGCUUAUAUGUCUACAUCUCACAUUAAUUUGUUGUUUGGUAAAGUAAUAAUCAGUUGAUUCUCAUCUCUGAAAUUGUACUGCAAUUUUUGAAUUUAGCAGACGUAAGCAAUUUAUCUUCCUUCUUUAUUUGAGAAUGGUUAUACAUUUUAUAAACUUUUUCUUUCCUGGUCAAUUAGUCUAUAUGAAUCAGUGAUGUCAAUGAACUUCA